CAGGUCGUCAACGCCCCGCACAAGGCCGCGCUCUCCCAUGAGCUGGUCGCUAGUGCUGCUUCCUACGAGGCCAUGAAGGCGUACGAGAAGCACGUCGCGGCCCAGGGCCACCCCGACAGCCACGCCAAGGCGAAGGAGCUCAUCGCUACAUUCAGCGGUGGCUUCAUCGACCGCAUGGUCGAAACCAAGGGUCUCGACGCCCUCGACAAGCAGAAGGCAAAGCACCAU